GGGUGCGAGGUAUCAUGGAGGAUCAGUUAGAGAAGGGUAGACGUUGAAGGAAGCUGAGCUGUGGAGGCGCGCUCUGGAGUUUCUGACAAUUUAUUUUCUAAACGAUCUCGUCCAGUACAAUAUCUUCUAGAGCCAUGGAGAUGAAGAAGAGGAUCAGUUUAGAGAUGAGGAACAGAACUCCAGCGGAGGUAGCAGAGUUGGUGGUGGAUAAUUGUCGCUCUAGUGAUGGAGAGAUUGAAGGCCUCACAGAUGAGUUCAAAGAGCUGGGGUUCCUCAGCAUGGUCAAUGUUGGUCUCACAUCCCUGGCCAUGGUACCAUCGCUGCCUAAACUGAGAAAGUUGGAGUUGAGUGACAAUAACAUCUCUGGCUCUUUGGAGAUCCUAUCUGAGAAAUGCCCCAAUCUGACAUACCUAAACCUGAGUGGGAACAAGAUUAAGGAUCUCAGCACAGUGGAAGCCCUGCAAAACCUGAAGAACCUGAAGAGCCUGGACCUCUUCAACUGUGAGAUCACCACCCUAGAGGAGUACAGGGAGAGCAUUUUUGAGCUGUUGCCUCAAGUAACGUAUCUGGAUGGCUUCGAUGCAGAGGACAACGAGGCUCCUGACUCCGAGGCAGAGGAUGAUGAUGAUGAUGAGGAUGGUGAGGAGGGAGCAGGUCCUGUUGGGGAAUAUGAUGAUGAGGAUGAUGAGGAGGAGGAAGGAUCCGAGGGUGGAGAUGUUGGGCUGUCCUACCUUAUGAAAGAUGAAAUUCCGGAUGAAGAGGAUGAUGAUGACUAUGUAGAAGAGGAGGAGGAGGAGGAGGAAGGUGAGGAAGAGGAGGCAGAAGUUCGAGGAGAGAAGCGGAAGAGGGAUGCAGAAGAUGAGGGUGAAGAUGAUGAUGAAGAUGAUGACUAACCAUGUGUGUUUGACACCUUGGAAACCCAAUCUGAAUUGUAGAUCAACCUUGGAAAAAAGCGUGAUCUUGCAGAUUGUUUUUCUCUUUGUAUACCAUAGAUAUAUCACUGUAGAGGCUAAAUGUUUUCUUUUGAUAAAUACAUUAUAUUAUACUAUAUAAAAGGGGUUUAUUGACGAUUCAUUUAUAGCCAUUCCAAGUUUAUGUCCCAACAUGAGAAUCUUGCCAGCGUGAGUGAAUGAUGGGAGGUCAGGUCUGUGGUUUACGGUUUGGGCCUUUGUGCAUCCAAACGUGCUGACCAACAGUCUGUUUCUAAAAAAGGCACUCGGACUUUAGUACUGGGAGGCGAUUUGACACAGAAGACCUGGUCCGUAAACAAUAAACUCCACUAUAUACCUUGUGCUCAGCCUGCCAGUGUCUUUCCCAAGGCGUCUUUGAGGAAUCGAAGAGUCAGCCUGUUCCUCAUCUACCUCUCCUGGCUGUCUCAAUCUCAGCCCACCAUGGAUAAUCGGGCCAAUCCUCUCCAGCUAGCAGCUCCCGUGUUCCUGGAUCGACUGGUCCUCGUUGAGGAUUUCCGCUGUGGCGCUGUCCGUAAGGGAUAUCUCCACUCAAUUUAGCUUAGGUAUCAUAGGCCAGGCUUUCUCAAAUAGACAGUCCAGAUGGUAUGUGAUCUCAUGGAUUUUAAAGUGUGAUGUAUGUAAAUGUGAUGUAAAUGAAUUGAAAAUAAGGAAAACGGUUAGGGGUGGGGUAUAGUUUGACAAGUUGAUAUCAUAUCUAAUUUUAAUCUCACUCACUCUUUUUUUAGAUCAGUCCACAGGUGUGUUAAAAUCAUGUGAUAAUUAGCUUCAUCAGCGGUUUACUCCUCAAAUAUCCUGCAGAAUUCAGUUUUGUUAGAAUCUACAAUUAUGCUAUGUCAAGAGCUAAACUAGUCAGAAUUUUUUCCUUUUUAAGAGAGGCAUUGCUGGAAAUAUAUCAUAAUGAUCAGGUUGAAUGGCUUUGUUGGGUUAAAUAGUACCCUUGAGUACCUUUAUUCCUACGUCUUGCUGUGGAAACAGAUUAGUUUCUACCUUUUGUGGGGGUAUUUUACAGAGUAAUACCUUUAAACUAAUGUUCGUAUGGCAAUAUGUACAGUAUAUAGUAUCUGUUCCAAAAGGUUGGUGUUAGUGUGUUUUUUAACAAAGCUAUUUGGUUAUUUGUUUAAUACAAAGCACAGGUCGGAGGCCUAAAGUCCAUAGAUACAGGUCACCUGUUUUAUUUUUCAGUACUUGGCUGUUGUGAGUGUUGUAUUUGGGGUUUUAUGUGAUGUAACCCUCUUAGGAGGGAUUUAGUUUUGUUCAGUUUUGAUGUUUGAAUUUUGAUUUUCUUUCUGUCCUUGUCUGGGUUUUUUGUUUGUUUGUUUGUUUUGUUUUGUUUUUUGGAAAAUAAACAUGAAAGAUGGCAUACUUUGAGAUAAA